UUGAUUUGUGAUGAGACAAAGAAAACUCUCUUUUUCACCAUUUUGACACUCUUCUCCCUAGUCAUCAUAAAUAUGCACACACCUAAAGAAGAAAUUGAAACUACUCAUUCAUAAUCUUGCAUCAAUUCUUGGUUUGGUCAUGGCAGAUCCAAGUUUCUUUGUUGGAGUGAUAGGUAACACAUGCAUACUACCCUCCUAUUCAUUGUUUUACACUCACCUAAAUUGCACAAAUCUUGAUUGAUCCAUGUCCAUAAAUGGAAUUUUCAUUCUUUGUUUGGUACAGACCAACAUUUUGGAGAAUAAUAAAGCAGAAAUCUACAGAAGAUUUUUCGAGUUUUCCUUAUAUAUGCACAUUGCUUAACUCCUCUUUGUGGACUUACUAUGGAACCAUAAAGGAUGGAGAAUAUCUUGUGGCAACUGUUAAUGGAUUUGGCAUUGUGGUGGAGACAAUCUACAUUCUUCUAUUUCUCAUAUAUGCUCCCAAAAAAAUAAGGGUGAAGACAGCAAUUGUAGGUGGGAUAUUGGAUGUGGGAGUAUUUGCAGCAGCAGUAGUUGCAACUCAAUUAGCAUUACAAGGAGAGGCUCGUAGUGGUGCUGUGGGUAUUAUGGGUGCAGCUUUGAACAUUCUUAUGUAUGCAUCACCUCUUGCUGUCAUGAAAACAGUGGUGACAACAAAAAGUGUGGAAUAUUUGCCAUUCCUCCUUUCGUUUUUCUUCUUUUUAAACGGCGGCGUUUGGCUGUUGUAUGCUGUUCUUGUUCGUGAUUGUAUUCUUGGGGUACCAAAUGGGACUGGAUUUUUACUUGGAGGCGUGCAGUUAGUGUUGUAUGGGAUCUACCGAAAUGGGAAACCGUCGAAGCAUGUUUCUCAUAAAUUGGAAGAAGAAUGUCAACAUCACCAUCUCAUCUCAUCUGUAUCAUAGGGAAAACAUAUCCAUCUACUUUUGCUUUCAAGUUUAUUGCUACAUGUUUUUUAAACAAUGGUCAAUGUAGAAAGUAAUUAGUGUUUCAAAAAAAUGGAUAUUAAUUUAAUGUAUCAUAUAGUCCCAAAUUAUGGGGGAUUUUUUGGUGUAUUUGAAUGUAACCUAGAAUGAAUUAUGUAUAUGUUAAAAAAAUGGAUUGUGUCAACUUUUUGCUACAUUCAAAUACACUAAACAUAUUUUUGAGUGCGGA